CGACACAGAGAGAGAGAGAGAGAGAGAGAGAGGGAGGGGGGAGACCUAAAAAUUUUACAAUCCACAAAAACAUCCACAGACUUGAGAGGCUGACCCUUCUCUUCUCAGCGUUUGGUUUGCGAGAAAAGGGUGAGAAAAAUCAAAAUAAAAAAAGGUCAUGGCGAUGCUAAUGCCUUCCCGAUCCUUCCUGUCUACUGUCAAAGAUGUGAAGAAAAUGCUUGGGACUACAAUGAAAGAUUUGCUUCAGUCAAGUCGUAAAAAUCUGUGGUCUUCAAGGAAAGUGAAAAGAAUCGUUCCUUUUCAGGGCUCUGUAAAAUUUGUACAAACUACAUGUCGAAUAUCUGUUCCUGGGACUUCAUCAAUAACUAAAGAAAAUGUGUCUUCAAACUUUUUGAGGGACAAGCAAUUGGUUCCUGAUUCAGAUCCCCCAAGCAUCAAAGAUGUUGAGCUUUUGUACCAAUUCUUUGAUCAGAGUACCAAACUUGUCGUUUUGACUGGAGCUGGAAUAAGCACAGAAUGUGGAAUUCCUGAUUAUAGAAGCCCAAAUGGAGCUUACAGUUCUGGCUUCAGACCAAUUACUCACCAGGAGUUUCUCCAUUCAACCCGGGCCAGAAGGCGGUAUUGGGCGAGGAGCUAUGCUGGAUGGAGACGCUUCACUGCAGCACAGCCUGGUCCAGCUCAUUUUGGUUUGUCAUCACUUGAAAAAGCCAGCCGGAUAAAUUUCAUGAUUACACAAAAUGUUGACAGGCUGCACCAUUCUGCUGGUAGCAACCCACUCGAAUUACAUGGAACUGUCUAUAACGUAGUUUGUAUAGAUUGCGGUUUUUCUUGCUGCCGUCAAUUGUUUCAAGAUCAAUUGAAGGCCCUUAAUCCAAAGUGGGCUGCGGCAAUUGAAAGUUUGGACUAUGACAGCCGGUCAGAUAAGAGCUUUGGCAUGAAGCCAAGGCCUGAUGGUGACAUUGAGAUUGAUGAGAAAUUUUGGGAGGAAGGUCUUCAAAUCCCAACUUGCCAGAAAUGCAAUGGAGUGCUCAAACCUGACGUUGUCUUCUUCGGCGAUAAUGUCCCCAAGGAUAGAGCUGAUAAAGCAAUGGAAUCUGCAAAAGAAUGUGAUGCUUUCCUUGUUCUUGGAUCAGCUCUCAUGACCGCGUCUGCUUUCAGACUUGUUAGAGCUGCUCAUGAGGCAGGUGCUGCUACUGCAAUUGUAAAUGUAGGUGUGACCCGGGCUGAUGAUUUUGUGCCCUUAAAAAUCAAUGCUCGACUCGGAGAGAUAUUGCCAAGAUUGCUUGAUUUUAGGAAGGAAAGUCAGCUCGUUCACUUAUUAGACAAAAAUGGCUUAGUGUGA